AUGCUUUUCUCAAUACGCCUUUUUUUCUACCUUUUUUAUCGCCUCGUUCGUCAGAACUUUCUCGCCCUCUGCGCGUCAGACUACUACAAGGGAUGCAUUUUUCAUAGAAAUAUUAAGGGUUUUAUUGUACAGACUGGUGAUCCAUCAGGCACUGGCAAGAAUGGGCAGAGCAUCUGGAAGCAGAAGUUUAAGGAUGAAUUUGAUGAUACGCUUAAGCACAACGCUCGAGGGGUUGUGUCAAUGGCCAACAACGGGCCCGAUUCUAAUGGAUCACAAUUUUUUAUAACCUACAGCAAACAAACUAUGCUGGAUAUGAAGUAUUCAAUUUUCGGCAAGGUCAUCGACGGCUGGGAUGUUCUGGACGAGUUGGAACGGGCCCCUGUUGAAGACAAGACCUACAAACCCCUCACUGACAUACACAUACAAGAUGUCACCAUCCACGCUAACCCAUUCGCUGAAAAGAUGGCGCUUAAUUCGCCCGGAUUGGGUCUCUAUGGACAGAUUGUGAUUGGUCCACCGGGCAGUGGAAAAUCUACCUACUGUGCUGCGAUGCAAGAGUUUCUCAGGCGGAAGGUUGUUGUCGUGAACCUCGAUCCUGCCAACACGGAACUACCCUACACCUGCGACGUGGAUCUGAGAGAUUUAAUUACCCUGGAUGACGUGAUGCAGGCCUUGGAUCUGGGACCAAACGGAGGACUGAUCUAUUGCAUGGAGUACCUCUACGUUAAUCGCCAAUGGCUCACCGAUCACCUCCGAAGACUGCGCAACGAGUCCGCGAAGACCUAUCUUAUAUUCGAUUGCCCUGGACAGGUUGAGCUUUACUGCAAUAACACCGCCUUCAGGAAAUUCCUCGCUUUCCUCACCCACGUACCCUACACGACGCCGGCUGAGCAGGCCUCGAAAGAUCUGCCCCAACUCCCAGCCGGACUGGGUCUUCGCCUGACGGCCGUCCACCUCGUUGACUCGCACUACUGCACAGACGCGGGGAAGUUCAUCUCUGUCCUGCUCACCUCGCUCAUCGCCAUGCUCCAGUUGGGCCUGCCCCACGUCAACGUGCUGAGUAAGGUUGAUCUCGUCGAGCUCUACGGUCCGCUUCCCUUCAACCUCGACUUCUUCACCGAGGUCCUGAAUCUCUCGCAUCUAGUGGAACGCUUGGAGGAUGAUCCGUUCUUUGCCAAGUACAAAAAGCUGAAUCAGGCCCUCGCCGACCUCGUUCAGGACGCCUCUCUCAUCUCAUUUCAAGUUUUGAGCGCACAGAGGCAGACCAGCGCAAAGACGUACUGUUCACCGAAGGCUCCAAAACCGCUAGCUUCGUCCCCUACGGUUGUGUGGGUGUUCCCGUCGGCCGAAGGUGCGCACCGUCGUCGGGGCCUGGAGAAGUAUCCUAGCCCUAGUUUGAAGAAUACUGGUACAACAGAACAGGCCUUAUUGACCAAUCACAAGCCAGAACCACACGUCAGGCGCUGUCCAUCAGAGUCCACCACGCUGGCUGCUCCUCAUACGUGUCGAUCUUUGGUUGACUGCAUAUCUUCCUCGCAUUCCAUUCAAACGCAGCGAGUCCGGCGUGGUCCAACAUGUCUGCGCCCUUAUACGUCGCUCCAUGACCGCGUUUUGUUGCAAAAAGUGAUGCAGUGCGUCGACAAGGGGAACGGCUAUGUGUUCGGAACGGAUGAACAGAGGACCCUGCAAUCGAUGCUGUCCUGUGCUGCAGGAGUCGAGUUUUCGAACGACUUGGUGUGCAUGGCACAAGAGCGCUACACUAGCAAACCUCGAAGUCACACUUGA